UUUGAGAUCUUUGUGGCGGGUGUGGGGCUCACCAUGUCACAGACGCAGGGAGACGAAACCAUGAGCGUGGCCGGGUGCGAGCGACUUCACCGUGCGUUGUGCGAGUGUCACCGGCGAGUCCCGCCGGGGCCACCACGAGAGGUGGCCUGCCGCCACCUGAAUCGCUCGCUCGCUGACUGUCUCGUUUCGCUCGUAUGCCCGGCCGAGUCGGAGGCCGUUCGCAGCCUCUGCUCAAGCAGCGGAACAUCGCUCAAGCGCUCUCAGUGUCAACAAGCCCAACUUGCUCUCUCUGUCUGUCUCUCAUCUCAUCAGAAUCCAUGAAUCCUAACGCUGACAUUCUCCCGCGUAUCUCUCCCUGUUCACUGACAAAAUCCGUAUUGGAUAUAUUCUAUUUACUUUUGAUAUUGCUGGAGAGGGCAUCAAAAUUUGUCAGUUCCCGGAGCAUUCUUGUAAUUUUAUUGUGAUAUUGGUAUAUAUGCCCUAAUUGUAAACCUUGAUCGUUUUCCCCGAAAUAAUAGUCCAUGGUGAUUGUCAGAGAUGAUAGAGAAAAAGUAUAUGAGCAAAUUUUUGGUA